AUGAGAAAUUCUGGUACAAACGUAACUGAGGACAUCUCCAUCAUAUUUGGAGCUUCUGGAGGAGGAAUAGUUUCCUUAUUAUUCACACUGAAAUACAAAAACUGGUCCAACUUUUUCAAAGAUUUAGUAGACACGAGACAAUACACCAGGCCAAGAAAUUUACAAGCCAGGGCAACACGUCUCAACCACUUAGGAAAAAUAUGCUUCUUCUGCGCUUGGUGGGUUACCAUCACCUACGCUAUAGCAGCUUGGUUCAGUUCCAAAGGCUGUCAGGACACCAACGACCCAGGGAAGUUUGGUGAGAUUUGCCCUACGUUUAUCCCUAUUUGGUUGCCUUUUGGCACCAACGAUGUAGCUGCAGCACAAUCGUUUCUCGCCGAAUGCUUCGUCAUGUACGAAUCCACGGAGAUAUUUAUAUGCCACAUUAGCGAAUUGAAGAGCCAGCUCAAGGAGACUUUAGAUGCACCGUUUUCAGUAGAAACCAGGGAUAAGCUUCGUUUAUGCGUCGAUUACCACGUUUAUAUACUGAACUUGGGAUAUCGUCUUAGUUCACUUAUCAAAUACACAGCUGGACAUAUGUCUCUAUUGUCUGCAUUGGUGUGUGGAUGUGUAGCUAACCAAAUGUUGAACACCAAACCCAUGGGAUCCUUAUUUUUCUUGGCUGCCUGGUUAUUUGCCUUAUUCUGCUUCUGUCAUUCAGGACAAAGAAUCAAGGACAAGACAUUGUCGAUUGCUGAUGCUAUAUGGAACACUAAAUGGUAUAAGGCAGAUGUUAAAACUCUGAAAGAUGUGCAGUUCAUACUGCUAAGAUGUCAAAAACCAAUAUGUUUUGAAGCUUUACCUAUGGGAGUAACAGACUAUGCCUUCUAUUUUAUGAUGAUUAAAACUGGAUAUUCGUUUUUCGCACUUUUUCGCCAGUCGCUAUAA